UUCUCUCACUCCACUUCCCUACGUAAGGAGUCAAGGAGAGAGAACUCUCUCUCUCUCUCUCUCUCUCUCGCGGAAUUCCCAUUUCAACAUUUGGAGAUCACUGCCAUUUGGAGCCAUUGGCAGCCGUCCUUCUCUUCAACCUGGUCACACUUUCUCUUGCUUUCUGGCUUUGCUUUCUGGUCUCUACACUGGAAUAUUGGGUUCUUGAAGCCGUGCAUGGGCAAACAAGGAUGUGCUAAGGGACGGAGUUUACUGAAAUUUUCCUCAGAAAAUGAGCGAACGGAAGAAAGGAAAUUUUGUUUUGAAUGAAGCUUUGGAGUUUCUGAACCAUUUAUUGGUGGAAAAUCCUGUUGUCCCAUUUGUAAUUCCUCUGAUAUUAGUUGGGUGGGUUAUUGAGAAAUGGAUCUUCUCUUUCUCCAACUGGGUUCCACUUCUGGUCGCUGUCUGGGCAACUAUUCAAUAUGGGAGUUAUCAACGCCAAAUCCUAGUGGACGACUUGGACAGUAAAUGGAGGCAAGUCAUACUGCGCACCUCGCCAGUAACACCAUUGGAGCACUGCGAGUGGCUUAACAAGUUAUUAAUGGAAAUUUGGCCAAACUACAUGAGCCCAAAGCUUUCAAUGAGGUUUGCAUCUAUUGUUGAGAAAUAUAGGUUUAUGGUUGUCAUACACUCAAACUUGUUCUUGCAGAAACGGUUGAAGUAUCGAAAACCAAGGCUUGUUGAAACGAUGGAAUUGCAAGAAUUUUCGCUAGGUUCAUGCCCUCCCACAUUGGGGUUGCAUGGUACUCGGUGGUCAACUGAAGUUGAUCAGCGAAUAAUGCAUUUGGGUUUGGAUUGGGACUCUACUGACAUAAAUAUAAUGCUACUUGCUAAGUUGGCAAAGCCUUUGAUGGGAACUGCCCGGAUAGUCAUUAAUAGCAUCCACAUCAAGGGUGAACUUCUCUUGAUGCCAGUUUUGGAGGGAAAAGCAAUUUUAUACUCAUUUUUAUCAACUCCUGAGGUGAGAAUAGGUGUUGCAUUUGGCAGUGGAGGAAGUCAAUCUUUACCUGCAACAGAAUUGCCUGGUGUUUCCUCAUGGCUGGUUAAACUUUUCACUGACACCUUAGAUAAAACCAUGGUUGAACCGCGCCGUCAAUGCCACCCUCUUCCGUUCAUAGAACUGAGGAAAAAGGCUGUUGCUGGCAUAAUCUAUGUUACAGUCAUUUCAGCAAACAAACUUUCCAAGUGUAACUUAAAGGGAAGCCCUUCUAGAAGACAGGAAAGUUCAUUGAUAGAUGGUAGGUUAGAAGAAUGCCGUGAUAAUAACAACCUGCAGACUUUUGUAGAGGCUGAACUUGAAGAACUAACUAGGAGGACAAGUGUUGGACAUGGAUCAAGCCCUAAAUGGGACUCAACAUUUAAUAUGAGUUUACAUGACGAUAAAGGAAUUCUCAAGUUCAAUCUGUAUGAACGCAAUCAAGGGAGUGUGAAGUAUGACUAUCUAACAAGUUGCGAAAUUAAGAUAAGAUACGUUGCAGAUGAUUCCACGGUGUUUUGGGCAAUAGGACCUGAAUCUAGGGCGAUUGCAAAGCAUGUUGAGUUUUGUGGUAAAGAAGUUGAAAUGGUCAUUCCAUUUGAGGGAAUUAAUUCAGGAGAGUUGACAGUGAAACUUUUAUUGAAAGAAUGGCAGUUUUCUGAUGGUUCACAUAGCUUGACCGGCGACCGUCUGAGCUCUAGGCAAUCGAUAUAUGGGUCCGCAAAUUUUCUUCCUAGAACUGGAAGGAAAAUUUAUAUAACUGUAGUUGAAGGGAAGGACCUUAUGGUAAAAGACAAAUUUGGGAAGUCUGAACCUUACGUUAAACUGCAGAUGGGGAAGGUUAUCCAAAGAACAAGGUCGGCCCCAAAUACUACAAAUUCUCUCUGGAACCAGAAGUUUGAAUUUCAUGAGAUAGGAGGUGGUGAAUACCUUAAGAUAAAAUGCCACAGUGAAGAGACAUUCAAAGAUGACGACAUUGGUAGUGCGCGAUUAAAUUUAGAAGGACUCAUAGAGGGCUCAAUGAGGGAUGUGUGGGUUCCCCUUGAAAAAGUGAAUUCUGGAGAACUACGAUUUCAGAUCGAAGCAGUGAGAAUCCAUGACAAUGAAGGAUCCAGGGGUUCAAUUAGUUCAAGCAAUGGCUGGAUUGAACUUACUCUCAUUGAAGCAAGAGACCUCGUUGCUGCUGAUAUCAGAGGAACAAGUGAUCCAUAUGUGAAGCUACAAUAUGGAAACACGAAGAGAAGAACAAAGGUUAUGUAUAAAACAUUGAAUCCUCGGUGGCACCAGACCUUUGAAUUCCCUGAUGAUGGUAGUCUGCUGGAGUUGCAUGUGAAAGACCAUAACGCUGUGCUGCCCACAUCAAGCAUUGGUGAUUGCGUAGUAGAAUAUCAGAGAUUGCCUCCAAACCAGCCAUCUGACAAGUGGAUACCCCUCCAAGGAGUUAAAAAGGGAGAGAUUCAUAUUCAGAUUACUCGAAAAGUUUCACAACUGGAAAAGAGACCAAGUUCGGAAUCCGAGUCACCAGCAACUAAAGCGCACGAAAUUUCUGUCCAGAUGAAACAACUGAUGACCGAAUUUCGAUCUCUAGUUGAGGAUAUGAAUGUUGAUGGACUCUCAGCAUCCUUGAGUGAGCUCCAAAGCCUCCAUGAUAUGCAAGAAGAGUACUUGGUCCAGCUGGAGACUGAAAAGACACUUUUACUCAACAACAUAGCUGAACUAGGCAAGGAAAUCUUAAACUCCUCACCUGCUCUGAGCAGAAAAUCUUCCACUGAUUGACUGUCGAUACAUACCUUAAUCUCGAUCAGCAUCCUCUCUUUCUCGACAUAAUUUUACUCGCAUCGACGCCAUCUAGGGGUUACAAAUAUAGUUCCAUAGUUGAUUAAGUCACCAUUGUGGCAUACCUGUGUGUUAGGUAAAUGUAAAUGUAAAUCAUGUACGUGCAUCUGCAAAUUCUGAACAAUGAAUAGAAAGAUUGUGAGAA